AUUCAAAAUGACGCAUGCGUUGCUAAAUUUUUACUUGCCAAAAAAUUGAUGAGCGAAUCGAAGGUGCAGACAAACGGAGAAAAAGGCGAACUAGUAGAAUUGUGUGAAGUAGUGUGUAAAUUGCGAAUUAAUUAAAAUUUUUAACAAGUUUUUCGUGAUCUAUAAAGUAAACUGAUAAUUUUUGGCAAAGUCGCGAAAAGGAAGGGCGUAAAAGCGACGCCGAAUUUAUAAUUAGGAAAGUGGAAAAGGCAGAAGAAAAUUACAGCAGCACUAUUGGCAGGGGCAGAAGCGUGUUGGUAGCCUGUGAAGAAAAAAACAAAAGAAAAUCAAAGAAACACAUUAAUCGUCGAACACGGACGUUUAUAGUGGAAAAAGAAAUAAAAUAAUAAAUAAAUAAAAGUAUACACGCAUUUUGCAUUGGAUAAUUUAGCACAUCGUUCAUAUAAAAACAGCAAAACGGCAGCGACUACAGCAACAACUACACCACCAGCUUCGACAAUGGAGAAGCCGAAGGAAUUGGUCAUUCAGCCAAAAAACGAAUUGCGCUUUAUAGGCCCAUUUACGCGUCCUGUAAUUACUCUUAUGAAAAUAUACAAUCCAACAGAUAAUAUUAUACUGUUCAAGAUCAAAACGACCGCUCCGAAACGCUAUUGUGUGCGUCCGAAUUUCGGUUCUCUCGAACCACAUAUGGAAGCCAGAAUUGAAAUUUGCUUACAACCGUUUGUGUAUGACCCCAAUGACAAAAAUAAGCAUAAGUUCAUGGUGCAGAGUCUGGUGGUGCAGGAUCGUUCUGUCGAAGACUUGAACAAAUUGUGGAAAGAAUCGGAACCUCAACAGUUGAUGGAUGUUAAAUUGAGAUGUGUGUUCGAGAUGCCAACUGUAACGUCAGCCGCAGAUAGCAGCGGAGGUUCAGGUACUAACGAAAUAGUGAAGGAAACCUCAACAAAAGUUGAUUCAGAAAAUAAAGCAGUUCCAUUUCGCGAAGAGAAAGUUUCAAAUGUGCAGCCAUCGGAGCAACGUGAGGAAUUAUUGUCCGAUAUUAGACGUCUGCGAGAAGACAAUGAAAAAUUGCAAAGAGAGAAGCGUCAUCUUACGGAUGAAAUCGUCAAAAUUCGGGAUUCAUAUUCGAAACCGAUGUACGAUCAGGCCUAUACACCGAUACUGGGCGAGAAACAAAUUCCGGUGUUCUAUAUAGCGUUGUCGAUUGUUGCGGCCAUUUUUGGUUUUCUGUUUGGCAAAUAUUUUUGAAUGCAUUCAACGCAAAGCAAACUUUGAAGUGCGGGAAUGUUUAUCAACAAUAAAAACAAAAAAACAAAUUAAAAACCGCAAAAAUAUGCAACAGAUAAACGAUGAAAACGAAACUUAAAAUACAUAUUUAAAACCAUCAAAUUUGAUGAAAACAGUAAAAAUAAAAGCAACAAAUAUUAAAAAUGAAAUGAGCAAAUGAUUAAAGGUAAACAACGUUAAAGCAUUAAAGGAUAUUGUUGAAAGAUUAUUUUGAAAUGACAUACGUAAAUGGACAUAAGUAGACAAAGGCGUGUAGGAACCCGAGCAAAAUCAGUUGAUCUAAAUAAUAUUAUGAUUUACAUGCGCGCUAAAAACCAGUAAAAUUUACAACAUACACAUAUGCAUAUAAAAAAAGCAUGCAAAUGUAUGCUACAAAGCUCUAUGUAAGGUAGACAAACUAAGGACGCUAACUUAAUGAAUGUAUGCAGGAGGAGUAUAGUGUGUGUAUGAAAACUUGCAGAAUCUACUUUUGGUAUGGUCACAACACAUCGAUUGAGCGCUGGCACGGCAUUUAUUCAUAACUUUACAAUGUAGCACGUGAAAAGAAUCAAACAAUGAACUACGUCAAAAACAAACAUGUAACAGACAAAAGAAAAUAAAAUGAAUAAUAUGAAGAAUAUACACUAUAAAGCAUUAGGUUUAAAAAUUAA